AUGGCAUGCUCAACUACAAAUCACAACCUUAAUUUCAACCGAACGAGUUCGUUCGAAAGAGUAAAGAUGUCUCGUCCUUGUGAUAUUGCAAAUUGUCGACGUAUAUCGCGAGCUUUGUGCCAUUGCUGUAAUCAAAAUCUCUGUCGAGAUCAUUUGAAUGAACAUGAUGACAUGCUGAAUAGUCAAUUGAAUCCGUUUGCCGAUGAGAUUAACCAAUUAAAUGAACGAUUAAAUUGUAUUGAUGUUAGACAGUUAAUUGCAUAUGAUAAUGAACAGUUAUUGCGUUGGCGUGAGCAUUCACAUCGACUUGUAGAAGACUAUUUUAACAGCAAACAACAAGAACUUGAUGAAUAUGUAAAUAAAAAGAUUCGUCAGAAAAUCGAAGACGUUCAGCAUUUGAGAAAACUUUUGAAUGAAUGCGCUCGGAAACAAGACACAACAUUAGACGAUCUCAAAUCAAUUUCUUCUAUUAUUGCUCUCCUGCAAAAAGAAAUCACCGCCAUGGAACAAAGGUCUUUCAGGCUUAAUAUAAGUCCUUUGCAAAUCGAUCAAAGGUUGAUUCAACUCGAAGAAGAACAAGAUACAAAAAGUGAUUUUAAUCUAGCGACUCUUGGGCCAUCGCUGCAUACCAUCAAUCGCAGCGAAGACAGUGCCAAGCCUCUAGCCACUAAUCAUCGCGUGACGUUAAUACACCAUGAUAAUCAUUUGUCUCUAUUGAAUAACGAUAUGAAUGUGAUCAAAUCUGUACUUUGGCCCUCCGUCUGGAUUUGGGAUAUGUGUUGGUCAUCAACAUUGGCUCGGUUUUUCAUAAUAACGCGUACUGGCAUAUUUAUGUUGGAUGAAGCAACGAUGACAUUGGAACAAGUGGUCAUCAAACACGAACUUUGUCUAUGUUCAUGUUCUUGUUCAGAAACAUCGUUAUAUGUGACAACAGACGAACUGGCAUCAUCCAUAUGUGAGUUCAGUUUGAAACCAACGAUUAGCAUCGUCAACCGAUGGCAGCCAGCAGAUCUUUGUCAAGUCGACGAAAAGAUUCAGGAUAUGGUUUUUCGUCGUGGAACGGUUGGUUUCAUUCUUGUAAACCAAACAAACCAUAUGAAACGCUUAGAACUUCGAGCAACAGACACUUUCGAAAAACUAUGGACAGUUCAAUUCAAUAUUGUAGAUCCUCUAGAUAAUUUAUAUCGUUUAUGCUCAUUUAAUUAUGAUGAGUGGUUAAUCACUGAUUGGAAAUCAUCCCAAAUUUUUCACAUAACAAAUGAUGGACAGAAGAGGGUGAAGAAUGCAAAGUCUCGCAUGGGAAAUACUUGUUCAAGAACUACUUCGAUGAGCGCGAGCACGAUAUCUCGAUCGAAUGCGAAACGCACUAAGCUGCUUGGAUCACGUCGACGAAUUGUGGAAAAUUUUAUUAUCGUUUGGUUAGAUGCCAAGAUCGACAAAUCUGAUAAAGAUAUACAAAACUCACUCGACCAACUUCAACGCACCGUGAACACGAUAAAAACAUUUACCGAUAUUGAUGUCUGCUUAGAUUAUCUAAGUCAAAUUGAACAUGAGAAGGUAUUCAUGAUUAUUUCAGGUUCGAUGGGUGAACAGGUCUUACCGCAAAUCAACAAUAUGACUCAACUGGAUUCGAUCUACAUAUUUUGUCAUGAUAUAUCCAAACAUACGAUAUGGGCUAAAGAAUAUAAGAAGAUUCAAGGCAUUUUCAAUGGUAUCGAACUCAUUUGUGACAAACUUCGAAAGGACAUCCGUCGACGUGAUGAAGACUUAACUGCAGUUAGUAUUGUUUCCACGAAAUCUAAUCAACUCGAUCAGUCGUUUAUGUAUUCUCAAUUAUUAAAAGACAUAGUAUUACGAUUACCGUUUAACGCACAAGCGAAACAAGACCUCGCUCAAUUCUGUCGUGAACAAUAUUCGAACAACAAAUACGAAUUGAAAAUUAUCGAUGAAUUUGAACGCGAUUAUGAACGUCCAUCACCUAUUUGGUGGUACACACGUGAAUGUUUUACAUAUACAAUGCUUAAUAAAGCACUAAGAACGCAAGAUAUCGAGAUCAUUAUUAAAAUGGUUUUUUUCAUUCGUGAUCUUCACCGACAGCUUGAACAAUUACAUUCGGAACUGGAUAAAUCGAAAUCGAUCGUAGUUUAUCGUGGUCAGGGUAUGCUGAACGAUGAUUUUGGAAAAUUGAAGUCGAACCAAGGUGGAUUGAUAGCAUUUAAUAAUUUCUUAUCAACAAGCGAGACACGUGAUGUGUCACUAGGUUUCGCACGUUGUGCACUUAAAAAUCCGGAUCUGACCGCCAUUCUGUUCGAAAUGCAUAUCGAUGCAUCGGUGUCAGCAACGCCAUAUGCGCCGUUAGAUAAUCUCAGUUACUUUUCUGAUAGUGAAAAAGAAAUUCUCUUUUCUAUGCAUACAGUGUUUCGAAUUGCAUGCUGCAAACAAUUGGAAGAACGUCUUUGGGAAGUCCAGUUAGCACUAACCAGUGAUAAUGAUGAACAGUUAAGACAAGUGACAGAACAAAUGAAGAUCGAGAUAGAAGGUGGCUCUGAUUGGCAUCGCUUAGGACAUUUAAUGGCUAAAAUGGAUAAUUUUGAUAAAGCAGAAGAAAUCUAUAGUACAUUAUUAGAGGCAGCAGAUAAAACUAAACUGCAAGAACUUGCUCCACUUUAUCAUCAACUCGGAUAUGUCAAGAAGAAAAAAGGAGACUACGCCAAAGCAUUGUUCUAUUAUAGAAAAUCACUGGAAUUGAAACAAACGUAUUUGCCACCGGAUGCCCCGGAACUUUCAGUGACAUACUCAAACAUUGGUGCUACUCUUCUUGAACAACGAAAUCUUGAUGAAGCAUUGGGAAAUUUUCAGCGAGCACUAGAAUUAGAUCUGCAUGCCCCGCAACCCGAUCCAUUGGAAGUCGCUACGGAUUACAAUAAUAUCGCUUCUGUCCUGAUGGAUCAACGUCGAUACGCAGAUGCUUUGAAAAAUUCUCAGAAUGCACUGAAUAUUUUUCUGGAUAAACUUCCACCGGCUCAUCCAUCAAUAGGAACGUUAUACAAUAAUAUUGGCGAUAUUUACGAUGCCAUUGGUGAUCGAUCUACUGCACGUUCAUGUUAUCGAAAGUCAUUGGAUAUCUUAAUAAAAACCCUUCCUGAAAACCAUAGCUCUUUAGCCAUCAUUCGCAACAAUAUAGCGAGAACAUCGACUCAAUAA